GCGCGGGGCGGCGGGGACGCGCGGGCGGCGAGGCCUGCGCGCCUGGCUGCGGGAGCCAUGCGGCGGGCGAGAAGCGGCGCGGCCGCCAAGCCACGCGUGCAGAAGCGGCCGGGAGCCUCCGGGGCCCCCGCGGCCGCCCCCUCGGCCCCCAGCGCCAGCCGCUCCCGGCGCUCCACGGGCCAGGCCGGGGGCGAGAGCAGGGCGGCGGCGAGGCAGCCGUCGGCGAAGCGGCGGCCGACGCAGUCGUCGCCGCGGGCCCAGGAGGCGGGCCCCGGGCAGCCGCCGCCGGAGCUGCCUCUGCUCCCGCCGCCGCCGCCGCCGCCGCCGCCCCCCCCCGCCUCGCCCGCUGCCUCGCUGCCCGACCUGGGCGACCAGCGGGAGCGCUGGGAGACGUUCCAGAAGCGACAGAGGCUCACCUUCGAGGGCGCCGCCAAGCUGCUGCUGGACACCUUCGAAUACCAGGGCCUGGUGAAACACACCGGAGGCUGCCACUGUGGGGCGGUUCGUUUUGAAGUUUGGGCCUCGGCGGACUUGCACAUCUUUGACUGCAACUGCAGCAUUUGCAAGAAGAAACAGAAUAGACACUUCAUUGUCCCAGCUUCUCGCUUCAAGCUCCUGAAGGGAGCAGAGAGUAUAACCACAUACACGUUCAACACGCACAAGGCGCAGCACACGUUCUGUAAGAGAUGCGGCGUUCAGAGCUUUUACACUCCCCGCUCGAACCCUGGAGGCUUCGCUCCCGUUUGUUCCUCAUCUGUCCCGUGGAGAGGCCUUCCUGCCUGCCUUAAUCAAGAAAGGCUUUCGGGAGGUACAAGAUCCUAUAAAGGAAUCGCCCCCCAUUGCCUAGAUGAGGGCACCGUGCGGAGUGUGGUCAUUGAGGAAUUCAAUGGCACCGAUUGGGAAAAGGCCAUGAAGGAGCACAAGACCAUCAAGAACAUGUCUAAAGAGUGAGCUCCUGCUUCGCCCUUCCUGAAAAGGAGGAACGAUGGGGGCCAGCAGCUUUGCUGUCCCCGCUGCACCUCAGUGGUGCUCGUGAAUGUGGCUGACUGGGGCCACCGGCUCCGUUGGCCAGCGGCCAUCUGGAUGUUCGCAGUUCGCUCCAGCUACCAGUUUCUUUAGGCAGCUCUUUGUCCUUCCUCAGCCCAGAUUUUGAUGUAGGCUAGUUGGUAUCCUUUCUCUUCUCAACUUUUGUGUGAUCUUUUAGAAAAAUAAAUAUUUUUAACAUGAAA